CGGCGAGCACGGGGACCGACACGGGGACCGCCGCGGCGAGCGACGCGCCGAGCACGGCGAGCACGGCGGCCGAGGCUUCUUGGGGCAUCUGCGCGCCCGCUCCCGGCCCACGUCGGUCAUGAGCACGGUCAGACCCAGGGGUUCGCGGCGCGGACGGGAGCGCGAUCGCCGCCGACACUUGGCUGGUGCCAUGGGAGACUUCGAGAUCCAGCCCGAAGGCGGUGGAAGCGUGGAAGCCCGGGAGAUGGGUCCCAGUAAGUCCCUGCCUACCUUCCCUGCUUUGGAGGCAGCCUCAGAUGUGGAGCCCGACACCCAGGAAAUGAUUCGUGCCCAAAACAAGAAGAAGAAAAAGUCUGGAGGCUUUCAGUCCAUGGGUUUGAGCUACCCUGUCUUCAAGGGCAUCAUGAAGAAGGGCUACAAGGUGCCCACACCCAUCCAGAGGAAGACUAUUCCGGUGAUUCUGGACGGCAAGGAUGUAGUAGCCAUGGCCCGAACGGGUAGUGGAAAGACGGCCUGCUUCCUCAUCCCCAUGUUUGAGAAACUCAAGGCCCACAGUGCCCAGACAGGUGCCCGAGCCCUCAUCCUCUCGCCCACCCGAGAGCUGGCCCUGCAGACCAUGAAAUUCACCAAGGAGCUGGGCAAGUUCACCGGCCUGAAGACAGCCCUGAUCCUUGGGGGAGACAAGAUGGAAGACCAGUUUGCAGCCCUGCAUGAGAACCCAGAUAUAAUCAUCGCCACCCCAGGGCGCCUGAUGCACGUGGCCGUGGAGAUGAACCUGAAACUGCACAGUGUGCAAUACGCUGUCUUUGAUGAGGCGGAUAGGCUGUUUGAAAUGGGCUUUGCCGAGCAGCUACAGGAAAUCAUCAGCCGCCUUCCCGAGGACCACCAAACCGUGCUCUUUUCGGCCACGCUGCCGAAGCUCCUCGUGGAGUUUGCCCGUGCUGGGCUCACGGAGCCGGUGCUGAUCCGUCUCGAUGUGGACACCAAACUCAACGAGCAGUUGAAGAUGGCCUUCUUCCACAUCCGCGAGGACGACAAGCCAGCCGUGCUCCUCCACCUCCUGCGCAACGUCGUCCGGCCCCAGGACCAGACUGUGGUCUUCGUGGCCACAAAGCACCACGCGGAGUACCUCACAGAGCUGCUGACAACCCAGGGUGUUUGCUGCACCCACAUCUACAGCUCCCUUGACCAGACGGCGCGCAAGAUCAACCUGGCCAAGUUUGUGCAUGGCAAGUGCUCCGCCCUCAUCGUCACCGACGUGGCCGCCCGGGGCCUGGACAUCCCGCUGCUGGACAACGUGAUCAACUAUAACUUCCCUGCCAAGAGCAAGCUCUUCCUGCAUCGAGUGGGGCGCGUGGCCCGCGCAGGCCGAAGCGGCACCGCGUAUUCCCUGGUGGCCCCGGAUGAGGUCCCCUACGUCUUUGACCUUCACCUCUUCUUGGGCCGCCCCCUCGUCCUCGCCAGGCCCCACGAGAAGCCCUCAGAUGCCUCUCCAGAUGGUGUGCUGGGUCGUGUGCCUCGGAACGUGGUGGACGACGAGGAGUGCCGCCUGCUCACGGACCACGACGGCUCCUCGGAGCUCCAGAGCCUGCGGCGCGUGGCCGAGAACGCCCACAAGCAGUACAGCCGUUCUCGGCCGGGGCCCUCCCCAGAGUCCAUCAAGAGGGCCAAGGACCUGGACCCCACCCUCCUAGGCCUGCACCCCCUCUUCAGCUCCCAGUUUGAGGACGAGGAGUUGGAGAGGAUGAAACUUGUGGACAGCAUCAAGAACUACCGCUCCCGGGCUACCAUCUUUGAGAUUAACACCACGACCCGGGAUCCGGGUAGCCAGGUGAUGCGGGCCAAGCGGAAGCGGGACCACAAAGCCAUUGCCAAGUUCCAGCAGGGGCAGCAGGAGCGGCAGCAGGCCCAGCCCGGCCCGGCCCCCUGCCUGCCCACGAGCCAGGAGCCAGAGGAGGAGCAGGAGGAGGAGCAGGACGUGGAGGAGGCCUUCACCCAGGUCCUGGGCCCAAAGAGACGGCGGCCCUCAGCACCGGGCCAGGAGAAGAGGCGGAAGGGGGCACCCCAGCAGCGGCAAGAGGAGUUCUAUGUGCCCUACCGGCCCAAGGAUUUCGACAGCGAGCGGGGCCUGAGCAUCGGGGGCGAGGGCAGCGCCUUCGAGCAGCAGGCGUCUGGAGCCGUCCUUGACCUCAUGGGCGACGAGGCCCACAGCCUCACCAAGAGCCGGCAGCAGCUGAAGUGGGACCGUAAGAAGAAGCGGUUUGUUGGGGCCACGGGCCAGGAGGACAAAAAGAAGAUAAAGACGGAGAGCGGCCGGUACAUCAGCAGCUCUUAUAAGAGGGACCUCUAUCAGAAGUGGAAGCAGAAGCACAAGAUUGGGGACCGGGACUCGGACGAGGAGGAAGAGGGAGCGGCCAGGAGGCGAGGCUGGAAUCGGGGCCGAGGCCGGGGCCGAGGGGCCUCAGCAGGCCGGACGUCAGGGGCCGGUGGGACGUCAGGGGCCGGUGGGCGCGUGCGCUCAGAGCUGAAGAACAAGCAGCAGAUCCUGAAGCAGCGUCGCCGUGCAGAGAAGCAGCGUUUCCUGCAACGAGGGGGUCUCAAGCAGCUGUCUGCCCGCAACCGGCGCCGGGCCCAGGAGCUGCGGCAGAGCGCCUUUGGCAGGCGGCCUGGGGGCAACCGAAAGGGCAAGAUGAGGAAGAAGAUGUGAGAUGCUCUUCCCCAGCCACCUGCCGGUGACGGUCCGGCUGAACUCCAGACUCCCAAGGAACCCCAUUCCUCUCGGAGCUGUGUGUGGGCUGGUCACCUCCUCCCUUGGGAAGACAGAGCCCUAUCGUCCAGAACCAGCAGCCUGAUGGUCCAUCCCAAGGCUCCCACCUGAGAGCAGUGGUGUCCCUAGGGACAAAACUGGUUGAAUUUGGGCCUGAAGCAGUUAACGUGCUCUGCUUGCCCCGCCACUCUCCUCCCUUCUAAGAGGAGGAACCUGUUCUGCCAGGCCCUGCCGCUCCUUCCGCCUGGAGGGCUGGCACUGGGCACUCUGGGCCAGCCUUGAUCUCACUCUGCCCCCAGAGAGGACGCUCCCCGAGAUGGGCGGUGGGGUCGGGGCAGGGGGUCAUCACCACCAGGCCUUACACAUGGCAGGUGCCUAAUAAAUCUCGGAUUUAUUGGAUUGUCAUUGCA